AUGUCAGAAUAUCCAUUGCAUACAGCAUGCAUGAACAAUCAACUUGCAAAAGUUCAAGAAUAUCUUCAAAAUUCAGAAGAUGAGAAAAAAGAUAUAAUAGCUAGAGAUGCAGACAAUAGAACUGCUUUACAUUGGGCUGUUUCUUCACAAGCUGCCGAGAUUAUUACAUAUUUAUUAUCACACAUGAAGGAUAUAGAUUUAGAUACUUUAACUGAUGACGCAGGGUGGACUCCCGUUCAUAUUGCAGCAUCUAUAGGAAAUUUACAUAUACUUCAAGAACUUUGUGAAAGAGAGAUCAAACCUGAUUUAGAUCUCAAGACUCAACAGGGUGUUACUGCAUUACAUUUAGCUGUUUCCAAGACUCAUUAUAGUAUUGUUGAAUAUCUGUUAGCUAAUGGCGCAAGUACAAGAAUUAAGGAUAAAAAAGGUCAGUUACCAUUACAUAGAGCUUGCGCAAUCGGAUCUACAAAGAUGGUAACUUUAUUAUGUGCUAAAUUAAGUCCUAUUAAUGCUAGGGAUAGUCAAGGUUGGACCCCACUUUUCCAUGCUCUUGCAGAAGGUCAUGGUGAUGUUGCCGUCUUGUUAGUAAAUCAAUAUAGUGCAGAUAAGGAUAUACAGGAUUCCAACGAAAAGACCGCCAGCGACGUAGCAUUAGACGACAAAGUAAGAAAAUUUUUCGAAAGCCAUGUCUAA